AUGGCGCUUCCGAAGCGGAUUGUGAAAGAGACCGAAAGGCUGAUGGCGGAGCCUGUCCCCGGUAUUAGUGCUGUUCCCCAUGAGGACAACCUUCGCUAUUUCGACGUCGAGAUCCACGGCCCUUCGCAAUCGCCAUAUGAGGGUGGUGUCUUCAAGCUCGAACUCUUCCUCCCCGAUGACUACCCCAUGACCCCUCCCAAGAUCCGCUUCCUUACCAAGAUCUACCACCCCAACGUCGACAAGCUGGGUCGCAUCUGCCUCGACGUCCUCAAGAACAACUGGUCCCCCGCCCUCCAAAUCCGCACCAUCCUCCUCUCCAUCCAAGCCCUCCUAGGCGCCCCCAACCCCGACGACCCGCUCGCCCCCGAUGUGGCCAAGACCUGGAAGGAGAACCCCAGCGUUGCCGUCGCCACCGCCCGGGAAUGGACACAGCAGUACGCCUUGCCAUCCCAGUAG